AUGGCAAACUUUGGUGACUACUACCACCUAGUUCAGACGGACGAUUUUAAGAAAUGGUUUUGGUACGGCCAGAAUGGUAAUACAUUAAUUAAGUAUUUGAACAGCGACAAAGGAAGACAAGAGAUUGUGAGGCGAGAAAAGAAUUCCCCGUAUGCAUAUGGAAUCGUCUUGAAUGUUAACCUCCUCGGUGACCAAUUCAAUGCUCUUAAACUUGUUAAAAUUGGCUUCACUCAACAAGGCACAGGCAGCGAUUGCGAAAACCGAAUGACACAAGUAUGUAGAGAAAUUGAGAGGCAUGGCCCACACCUGCAAGGUAAGACUGCAGUGCUGUUUGUUAUCAUGAAGAAUCCUAUUGAUACCUCAACGCAUUCCGAGUUUGAGACGAAUUUUAGGAAGAGAUGGGGAAUGCCUGUGUCUAAUGAAUUUGCACUAAGUUACAAUUUACCUUUCCAUACCGAAUGGGUACUCACAACCCAGAGUUUUAUUGUUCACAUGUUACAAGUCAUCCAAGCAGCAAGCCAAGGAGGAAGGAUUGAUGCCAGCAUAUUUAAGGGGAUCACAUUUGAUAGUGAAAGGUACCUUCCUCCAGGAUUUCUACAAUAUCGUAGAAAUUAA